UUCUUCAUAAACAGCUCGUCAACCACCUCGGUAUCUUGCUAGCCAACGUAGCCGAAAGAUUCAAGCUAUUUAUACGCUUUCGGUGUAUAUUAGCUACUGUGUUUUCGACACACUUAGGUCGUAUCUACUUGUUAACCUAUUUAAUAUUACGUUAUUUUGUAUUAGUCAGCUAUAGUAGCUGACUGGUUAAGUUAGCACUAGCCUAGUCGCUAAUGAUAGCUAGCUAGCUAACAUCCCCGACCAUGAGCUCAGUAAGCUUCUCCCCUCUUGUUAAAGAAGAGGUCUGCUGGACGGAGAAAGAAGCUCUGGGGCAGAACAUUGUCGUGAAAGAGGAGAAGGAAGAAGAGGAUGUCACAGUAAAACAAGAAGUAGAGGAUGAGGUUGUUACAGUGAAAGAAGAAGAGAAAGACGUUUCAGUGAAAGAGGAGGAAGACGCGUUCAGAGUGAAAGAGGGGGGUGCAGUUUAUGCUGUGAAAGAGGAGGAGGAGGAGAUUACUGUCACAUUGGAGGAAGAAGAGGAGGUUGGAGAUCUGUUUAACCCCAGUUAUAUCAGCUGUGUCGGUGAACCCCUCCUGCAUCUGAACUGGCUACAUAGAGGGCACAGCAUGAUCAGAGAUAUGUUUUGAUGUGAGAGGAUGCCAACCCCCAGUCCCAUCAUCGCCACCUCACCUGCUUUUAAGAUAACCUUGGGGCCGACUAGAGACACUAUUAUGUAAUUGUGAUGAACUGAGAGAAUAUUUAGGUAGCACUGUGUUUCAUUAAUCAUGUGCUGCCUUCCCUGCUCCUAUGUGCUUACCUCUUUCCCUUUCUGUCUUUUACACCUCUCUCCACCUCCUCUUUCUUCCUCUGUUUUUAUAAUGCACAACAGAUGUGCAUUGAAGUACAGAUUGAACUUGUAUUUAUAACACUUGGAUAAUGAGCUUUUCAAUAAAGCUUUUCACAUUCUCUA